AAUGGCGGGGAGAAAUCGCAUUCCUCGUGAUGCAUUUGAUAAUCGGCGUGCGUAUCCCCUAGAAAGACCUCUUGUUCGGGUUCCAAUGCCUCGGCCUGUUCCACCUCAUCCUGUUAUGUUGGAGGAAGAACUUGAAAUGCAGCAUGUUGACAUCCGGAGGCUUUUGGGUGAAAAUCGGAGGCUGGUUGAAGAUCGGAUGGCUCUACAGCGUGAGCUUGGUGCUGCUAAGGAGGAACUUCAUCGCAUGAAUCUUGCCAUUGGUGACAUCCGUGCAGAACAAGAAAUGCGUUCGAGGGAGCUUGUUGAGAGAGGUUUGAAGCUGGAAGCUGAUCUUCGUGCUACUGAACCUCUGAGACAUGAGGCAGGACAACUCCGUGCUGAAGUUCAAAAGCUGAAUAAUAUUAGGCAGGAUCUGGCAGGGCAAGUUCAGAACCUCUCACAAGACCUUGCAAAAUUGCAAGCUGAUAAUAAGCAGAUUCCACUAUUGAGGGCUGAGAUUGAUGGACUGCACCAUGAGUUUAAUCGGGCUAGAACUGCUAUUGAUUAUGAAAAGAAGGCAAAUAUUGAGCUCAUGGAGCAGAGACAAGCGAUGGAGAAUAACUUGGUUUCCAUGGCACGUGAAGUUGAAAAGCUACGUGCAGAACUUGCAAAUUCUGAUGGCAAACCAUGGGCAACUGGUGGACCAUAUGGCAUAAAAUUCAGCAGCCCUGAGGGGGGUUUUCCAGCACCUUACGGAGACGGAUAUGGGGUUCAUCUGGGUGCUGCUGACAAGGGUCCUUUGUACGGUUCGGGUUCUGCAUCAUGGGGAGGACUUGAGAAACCUCGGAUGACUCGUCGCUGAGUGCUGGAUGGUUUUAUGUUUGAUUUGCAAGUCAAGUGCACCCUUUUGCUACUUGUUUGUUGGCUGUCCAGUAUAUAAACAGGCUAGAAAGUUAAACUCUUAUUAUGUGUGCGUAUCAUGUUAGUAGUCUUCUAUCUAAAAGUUAAUGGUUAUCUUAAGCACCUAUAUGUGGGAAUUAUGCUUACUUUACUUUGACUUAUUGAGCAGCUGGUUCAUUGCUUGAGGUUAUAACACAGCAGUUAUUUGACAUCUGGCUUUAUAUAUACUCCCAUUUUCUAA